CUUCAUACAGCUUGGCCGUAGGGCAUCCAAAGGCUUUCAGAAUUGGCCGGAGCUGCAAACGCCGGGGCCGGUUUACGGGAGGGGCGCGCUGGAGCGCGGCUAUUCUCGGAGCCUGCGGCCUCGGCGAGCGUUCUACGUCUCGCUCACGCUGGGAGAUCAUGGAGGAUGCGACUAGGUCCUUUGGGAAAGGAAGCCUCCCCCCCGGGCCGGUCCCAGACGGCCUGAUCCGCGUCUACAGCAUGAGGUUCUGCCCCUACGCGCACAGGACGCGCCUCGUCCUCCGGGCCAAAGGCAUCAGACAUGAAGUUGUCAACAUUAACCUGAGAAACAAGCCUGAGUGGUACUAUACAAAGCACCCUUUUGGCCAGAUUCCUGUCCUAGAGAACAGCAAAUGUCAGUUGAUCUACGAAUCUGUCAUCGCUUGUGAGUACCUGGAUGACGCUUACCCGGGGAGAAAGCUGUACCCAUAUGACCCUUAUGAGCGGGCUCGCCAGAAGAUGUUAUUGGAGUUAUUCUAUAAGGUCCCACACUUGACCAAGGAGUGUCUGGUAGCAUUGAGAUGCGGGAGAGAAUGUGCUGAUCUGAAGCUAGCCCUGCGUCAGGAAUUCUGCAACCUUGAAGAGAUAAUAUAUCCUGAAGUGGAGUUGCAGGUUCAUAUGAUUCUUGGCUAUCAGAAUACCAUCUUCUUUGGUGGAGACUGUAUAUCCAUGAUUGAUUACCUCUUUUGGCCCUGGUUUGAGCGGCUGGAUGUAUAUGGAAUCGCCGACUGUUUGAACCACACGCCAGCACUACGGCUCUGGACAGCAGCCAUGAAGCAGGACCCCACGGUGUGCGCUCUUCUCAUAGAUAGGAACAUUUUCUUGGGCUUCUUGAAUCUUUAUUUUCAGAACAACCCUGAUGCCUUUGACUAUGGACUAGCUUGCUGAGCCUCAGUCCAUCCCUUCACCAUCCAGAAUUCCCAAGCAUGUCGUGACUCUGCAUCAGGAAUUGUUUUGGUGGGUCAGUCAAUCUGUUCGUUUUCUUUGAGGUUCCCAAUAAACGUGGAGACAGAAAAUGUA